AUGCCAGACGAAAGCGGAGAGUCGACGAGUGUGCCUGGGUUUGUACAAACCAACCUCCAACUACCGCAAAAGUUAGAGACGAGAGGCAACUUAGCUAACAAUUGGAAGACCUUUAAAAGGCUCUGGAUAAACUACGAAAUAGCCUCGCAACUGGAUAAACAGAGAAUGGAGCUGAGAACGGCUACUUUGAUUUCAUGCAUUGGUCCCGAAGCACUUGAGAUCUACGACGGUUUGCCCUUUGCAAACGAAGAGGACAAAACAAAUAUCAAUCGCAUUAUGGAGCUCAUGGAAGCGCACUGCGUUGGAGAAACGAAUGAGAUCUAUGAAAGGUAUUUGUUUAACCGAAGAAACCAGGAAAAUGGUGAGUCAGUAGAAAGCUUUAUCGCUGCACUUAGAUCACUUGCUAAAACUUGUAAUUACUGCGAAUUGCAAGAUGGAAUGAUUAGGGACAGAAUCGUAGUCGGAAUAGCCGACAACAGUAUUAGGAAGAAAUUGCUGACGGAAGCUAAACUCACCUUAGCAAAGUGUGUUGACAUAUGCCGUGCAAAUGAAGCUACUGCUAAAAGGCUAAAGGAAAUGUCCCAGCAAUCCGGCGAAAUAAGCGCUAUUACCACAGGCCCCCCGCGCAGAAAAACAGGGUCAAAAGGGGGUAGAAGGCAGGAAUCUAGAAAACCGCCACAUACGGAUAGCAGCAAAUCAAAUCCCCACCCCAAAUGUAAAUUCUGCCAUAGAUUACACCCUAGAGCUAAAGAAAAAUGCCCUGCUUGGCAGAAAACAUGUGAUACAUGUGGAGAACUUAAUCACUUCUCAGUAGCAUGUAAGGCUCUAAAAGCAAGCAAGAAGGGUAAGAAACCAAUACACAAUCUUGAUUAUGAAAGAGACAGUGACUAUGGUGCAUUAUUUACUGUGGAGUCUGUGGACACUCUGAACACAAAUCCACUCAGCCCUAAGAAAAUUUAUGCACACAUGCGCCUUCGUGAUGAGCUAAUCAAGUUCCAAUUAGAUUGUGGAGCCACAGUCAAUAUCUUGCCAGAAGAUUUGUAUAAGGAAGUUUUCAAUGACCCAAAAUUGAAACGCUUACAGAAAAGCAGCGCAACACUAGUCAUGUUUAACAAGUCAGAGCUAAAACCGCUAGGGGUGGUCAACAUAGAAACCCUCAACCCAAGGAAUAAUGAUCUACUGCUGACGAAGUUUGCAAUAGUCCCUAGAGGCUACACCCCACUGCUAGGUGCACAGUCCGUGCAGAAUUUCAAGCUAAUGACAGUGAACAGUGAGAACAUUAUGUCUUUGUCAGACUCAAGCCCAACCUUAGACCCAGUUAGUGAAUUUCCAGAUGUGUUUAAAGGGGAGGGUAAACUAGAUCAAAAGCUACACCUAGAGCUCGAUGCAACUGUUCCCCCUGUGAUCCUCCCAGUCAGGAAGGUGCCCCUGGCAGUACGAGAACCACUCAAGAACGAAAUUGAUUGGUUAGUGGGGUUAGGAGUCCUUCAGUCGGUAGAUGUUCCCACAGAAUGGGUAUCCUCAAUGGUUGUUGUCAAGAAGCCUAACGGAAAGAUAAGACUCUGCAUAGAUCCGAAGCCCCUUAACAAAGCGUUAAAGAGGAAUAGAUACCCUCUACCAGUGAUUGAUGACUUACUUCCGCAGCUUACUAAUGCCAAGGUGUUCAGUGUUGUAGAUGCGAAGAACGGAUUCUGGCAUAUACAACUGGAUGACGAGAGUAGUUUCCUGACUACAUUUGGCACCCCAUGGGGAAGGUACAGGUGGACGAGGAUGCCGUUCGGUAUAGCCCCAGCCCCCGAAGAGUUCCAGAGGAGAUUGGAACAAGCACUAGAAGGCCUGGAGGGUGUCAAACCAAUCUUCGAUGACAUCCUUAUCUUCGGAAAAGGUGACUCCAAAGAAGAAGCCAUCAGAGAUCAUGAUUCCAAGUUGAGAUCCCUCCUCGAGCGCUGUCGCCAAAAGGGUAUCAAACUCAACAAGGAGAAGCUGAAGCUGCGUUGUGCUGAAGUCAAGUUCAUGGGUCACGUGGUAUCGACAGACGGGUUGAAGCCAGACCCCGACAAGCUACAGGGUAUUGAAGAAAUGCCUACACCAACAAACAAGCAAGAUAUCAAGAGGUUGCUUGGUAUGGCAAAUUACCUCCAGAAGUUUGCACCGAAUCUCUCAGAAGCAGCUGCACCGAUGCGCGAAGUGCUCAGAGAAGAGAACCAGUUCCACUGGGACGAGCAAGUACAAGGACAAAGCUUCAAGAAUGUGAAGAAGAUUGUUUCACAAGCACCAGUUCUGAAGUUCUUCGACCCACACGAAGAAGUCGAGCUGCAGUGUGUUGCAUCAGAGAAAGGGAUGGGAGCCUGUCUAAUGCAGAAGGGACAGCCCGUCGCAUAUGCGUCACGUUCUCUGACAGAAACCGAGAAGAACUAUGCUCAGAUUGAGAAAGAAAUGCUGUCCAUUGUAUUUGGAGUGGAGCGCUUCGAGCAUUAUCUGUAUGGACGGCCAAUAAAAGUUGAAACGGAUCACAAACCUCUUGAAAGCAUUUUCAAGAAAAGCCUCAUUAGUGCCCCCAAGCGCCUACAAAGAAUGAUGUUGCGACUACAGAAGUUUGACCUGCAAGUCAACUAUAAGAGAGGAGCUGAAAUGUACCUUGCAGACACCCUAAGCAGAGCCUUCCGAGGGCAGAAGAGGAGUGCUAGUCGAGAUGAUGUAGGAGAUGUGAUGCUACUAGGAGAGAUGAGAGGUACGACUGAGCGAGAAGUAGAAAGUAUUGACAUGAUACAGUUUCUACCUGUCUCCGAAGCUACCCAAGCAUCACUACGACAAGCUACAGAGCAGGACACAGCUAUGAGAGAGCUGAAGUCUAUAAUCCGACAAGGCUGGCCAGAGGUGAAGGAUGACGUUCCUGUGAGCAUCAGAGAUUACUACUCUUUUAGAGAUGAGUUGUCACUACAAAACGGCCUGGUCUUCAAAGGAGAGAGGUUAGUGAUUCCCAACAGUUCCAGAGUAGAAAUGUUGGCUAAGAUACAUGCCAGUCACAUAGGGAUCCAGGGAUGUCUCCGUAGGGCUAGAGAAGUCCUAUACUGGCCUGGAAUGAAUAAAGAAGUAGAAGAGUAUGUUGCCAAAUGUGAGAUUUGCAACAGUCACUUAUCAGAGCAAGGCAAAGAGCCAAUCAUAUGCCAUGAAAUCCCCAACCGCCCAUGGGAGAAAGUAGGCAUAGACCUGUUUGAACUGAAUGGGAAAGACUUUGUACUAACAGUUGAUUACUAUUCAGGCUUCUUUGAGGUUGACAGGUUGGAAGGCAAGACUGCGAAAGAAGUGAUGAGGAAGAUCAAACCACAUGUGGCCAGACAUGGUAUUCCAGACCAGAUUAUGAGUGACAAUGGCCCGCCAUUCGACUCGCAUGAGUUUAGACAGUUUACAAACAGCUAUGGAAUUGAACAUGUGACCAGCUCCCCAGGCUAUGCCCAAUCCAAUGGAAAAGUAGAGAAUGCAAUCAAGACGGCAAAGAAUCUGAUGAAAAAAGCCACAGAAUCAAACAAAGACCCGUACUUGGCUCUACUGGAUUGGCGGAAUACACCAAGCGAAACAGUUGGUUAUUCACCAGUUCAAAGAUUGUUCAAUAGGAGAACCAAGACACUCCUACCAACUUCCAGCAGACUCUUGAAACCAUCAGUGCCCAGAGAUGUACGCCAGAAGCUCACGCUACAGAAGGCAAGGCAAAGCUUGAAUUACAACUGUGGAGCAAAGGAGUUAGAAGAGCUGAAACAAGGAGAUGUUGUGCGUCUACAACCUACAAAGACAGUGGGAAGGGCCAAGCAAUGGAAGCAAGCAAGAGUUGAAGGAAAAGUUGAUAUUCGAUCAUAUCAGGUACGUACUGAAGACGGACGGGUUUACCGACGAAACAGACGACACCUGCGGAAAACCAGAGAGCAGAUGCAGCCACCGCAGCAAGAAGACAUAGAAAUGCCCUUCCAUUCCCCAAGCAGACCUGCUAAACCGGCGAUGCCUACGACACACAAGCAGCAGCAGCAGCAGGAGAAACAACCUUCAGAGAAAGCCCCUGAGAAUGCUGCCCAGGAUGUCCCCGAUGUCCCAGCGGAGCAACGCACGCGUUCAGGAAGGGUUGUGAAACCGCCUGUACGUUUUCAAUAG